CACUAGCGUUCGAUCGGACGAGGAAGUGUACCAAUACCAAAACAGCUCUACACACGUUUCGUGAACUGUGCCAUGUCAAGCUUAUAACCACAUAUAUCUCAAUUGUUCAGCAACCUGUGUAUUGUUAUGUUGUAGCUCGACGCAGAACGUUGUUACAAAGGGACUGGAAUUUCUGGGUUGAACAUUUCUGUACAACAUGGAAGAAGAUGAUGGACUAAAGGAUAACCUUCGUCUACAGUUCCAGGCUCUGCAGGAGCAACAAGAGAAGCGUCUCCAGAGAAGACUAGAGAAACAGAAGAAGGAGCAGAAGGCCACUGAGAUCCAGGACAAUCUGGACCUGUCCCAGCUAGACAUUCAUCGCGCGGAUGAUUGUAGUAAAAAGCUGUUACAGAAUGAAAAUGAACAUUUGCAGGACCAGGUGAGGGAGUUGAGGGAUGAAAAUGGCCGACUAUUCAAACUAGUGAGCGAGAAAGACUUUGAGAUUAAACAUCUGAAGAAGAAGAGGGAGGAAGACAGGCUGGCUUUAGCAGGUACAUCUGGCUUGGCAGGUGAUGCGGCAGCUACCAAGAUUGUUGAGCUUUCUAAGAGGAAUCGAGAGUUUGCUUCUGAAAUGGAACGAGAAAAAGUUAAAGCAAAACAAACUAGCAACAGAGUGAAAGAGCUUGAGAAAGAGCUCCAGAGUGCUUUGUUGCUUAGUCCUCCUGGGAAGAAGAUGGAUGUAAAGCCACAAGACAUGAGGUCAUCCCAGGACUUCCAGGAGAACAGUCCAGUGGUAAAAUCUCUACAGGAAAAACUAUCUGCUGCACAAUUCAAGAUGACAGAAUAUCGAAACCAGAUUCAAGCUGUCAAGCAGGAAUUGAAAAUAGCUCAGAAGGUGUUAUCCAGUGAGAUAGGAGAGGAAGUCAGCAUCCAGCAGCUACUGACCAGCCCAGGGAACUGGAGAGGUCGCUCCCAGCAGAUACUGGCUCUCCAGAUUAGGGUUCGGGACCUGGAGCAGCAGCUGAGCCAAUCAGCUCAGAGGAAGCAGCCGUCAUUCGUCAGCGUUGAAGAGGAUCUACUGUGGGGCGGGGCCUUGCAGAAGACACCCCCCCAGGACAGGAACCUCAGCUACAUCCGCAAUAUGGAGAGGGAGAAGAGAGAAACUCUGGAGAGGAUGACGGGGGACUAUGAUUCCCUCAUGAAGGACCACAAGGAUGUGAAGAAGAAGCUGGAGGGCUCCAAGGCCAGAAACAAAAACCUGAGCACUGAGGUGAAAUCACUGAAGGCCCAGAUCUCCACCCUGCUGGACAAAGGAAAGCAUGAUGAUGAGCUGGUGGAUGCCUUACUGAAGCAGCAGAGCCAGCUGCAGGAGGUGCUGGGAAGGCUGAGCCAGCAGGACGCGCAGACCAAGGAGAGCCAGCAGAACCUGGGGCAGCAGCUGAGCAGCGAGGCCCAGAGACACACAUCCCUCAUCCAGCAGCUCAAACACAUGGUCUUCGAGAGGGAGGCCAAAGUGAAAGAGCUGGAGGACGAGAUACAGCAACUGUCCUUAAAGAGAGAGGAAGGCGGUCAAUCAGGCCCCAAGACGACCACUGGCAGCUUCUGGCCUUUGACAGCAGGGGGAGACAGCAGUAAGAGGAUUAGCUCAGCCCGUUCAGUAUCUAAACUUGGACAUAAACUAGUGGAGUCAGCAGCUGGGGUCAGUUUAGAGGUCAGAGAUGCAGGAGCUCCUUCGGGUUGUCAGAACUGUUCAGAGGAGGUCAGGUACCUGAAGGCAGAGUGUACAGAGUUUCGGACCCUUUGUGAGGCUGCCUGUGUGGAGAGAGAUAGGCUCCUAGAGCUUGUCAAGCUCCAGCAAUCCAGGGAGGAGGAAGGGAAGCAGAGGUGCCUAGGGGCAGAGCAAAAAUUCCAAGGAGAACGCAGAAGGGCCGUAGCCCUAGAGCAGCAGCUAGAAAAAGCAAAGCUGGAUCUGGGCAAAGGAUUGACUCCCAGAAAAACUAGCAACAAGGGCACUGGAGGAGCCUCGUCUAGUGGGAGACAGAGGGAAUCAUCAUCCCCUCGAAGCCCUCCUGACCUUUCCAGGGAGGCCCAAGUCAUUGAACUAAGUUCCCAGCUGGCGGUGCUGCAGGGGGAGAACGAGGCUCUGAGGGCUGAGCUGAGGAGCACUCUCCAGGCCAAGGCUGAGGACCUGCAGCUCUGCAGUGACAUGAUGAACCAAGUCAAGCACGUCUUUCUGCAGGCGCUGCGACAACACAAGCAGGACAGAGACACAAACCAGGAGAAUUAGUUAGCUAGCUGUAUUAAAGGCCCUGGCUGCUUAACCUGCUGGACUUUAACCACGUCCCCAAAAAACCUUAAGUUCCUCUUGUCCAGUCAUAUCAACUCUGAGGAAGGACAGGAAUGGAGCAGGCCUGUCUGCUUCAGCAAUACAAUGUAAUUACUGGUUCCUGGUUUCCUGACUGCUUCCUGCUAACUCUGUUGACCACUAAAAGACGACAACCUGCUUUGAUUGCCCCCAUGUAGUGAAUAUGAGUAAGCCAAUCAAAGCCAACUUGGCACCUGCGGACCAAAAGGUUUAUCAACUUUGACAUGAAGAUGUUACACAGUGGUUCCUAUUGUUGAUUGCAUGACUGGUCAGUGCGUAUAGGUUGUGUCUGCAUUAUUUGAUGUGUAUGCGUGGACUUGUCCAUAGGUGUUUUUCUUUUCUAAAUGUCACUGUCAUGUCAAAAUAGUGUCGUCGUCUUAGCACCUGUGUUUGUAAGAUAUAGUAUAGAGGGCCGCAGUGUGUUUGUAAGAUAUACUACAGAGGGCCCCAGUGUGUUUAUAAGAUAUAGUACAGAGGGCCCCAGUGUGUUUGUAAGAUAUGGUACAGAGGGCCGUGUGUU